UGCAUGAGCCAAGAAACUUACGAUAAUAUUAAACGUGGUUGCUUUUGUCGCAGCGUCAAGAGGAGAAAAAGACUGAUUUAAGACGGCCGUUCUGACCACCUCACACUAAACGAUCGAGUUAACUCCAGCAAGCCUCUCAUGAUUUUAUUCCGACACUGCAAAUUUGUCUGCGACAGUGAAAUCGCUUGAAAAGUCGUUUGGUGUAAAGCCGGAUUUAGGACCCUGACAUAAAAUAACGGACUGUCACACAAUCUGGCAUUAGACGUUGUACAGAGACUGUAGAAUGUGAGGUAUUGGUAAAGCGCAAUAAAGCACAUUUUCACAUUCCUAGAGUGUUUUUUUUUCCUGUUACACGUUCGCGUUACGUGUGAACGUGAAGAAUGUGGCACUUUCUAUAAUCAGGAAAUAAUGUCAUAGUAAAUAAGCAGAAUCUCUUGCUCACACUCUAGUCUCAAAGCAUCAAUACUUCACAUUCUGUGGUUUCUGUGACGGUGUAUAAUUCCAGAUGGAAUUCAACUGAAUCAUAUUUGUGUUUCGCAGAGACAGUUCACCGAUUUCCUCCUUUAAUACUGAAAGUGAAAGUUUAGUGCUGCUGAGCCGCCAUUUUCUUCAGGUACAGCAAAACGUUUGUCAAGAAGCUGCUGAUGAAAGGUGACAUAUUUUACUGAUUUUACUGGUAGAGGAAGAGGAGAUUCGACGUAGUGGAAAAUAUUUUUCUUUGUUGUGUCUGAAUGUGUUUUUUUUCAACGCUUGUGAAAAAAAGACAGUACGAAAACAAGAGGAAGGGAAAAAAGGAACAAACGCAGUAACGAACGUAGUUCCUUUACAUGACAACAGGAAUCAGGCUUCGUUUCUGGUUGUUCAUUUUCAGAAACAUUUACACUCAUUCAGGAGUUCUACACAGCAGUAAUUCUGAACUGACGGGAACGGUUUGCAUCUUCAUGAUAAAGUGAAGCUUAUUUUUAGAUAUUCUGGAGUGAAGUCCAUUCUUUAUGUGGAGACUCCACUAAUAUUCAAAGAUGGAGACCCCUCAUCAGGACUUAAAUAGCUUAAGCCAGAGUCUAGUCCUAUUAAAGAUAUCAGACUCUGCAGACCCCAGCUGUGAAUCCGUGAGGAGUGAUGAGUCUGUGGAUCAACCAGCAACAUUCAAAGAUGGAGACUCCUCAUCUGGACACAGUCCACAGCAGGUAAAGAGAUCAGACUCUCCAGUAUCCAGCUUUGUGUCCAUGAAGAGUGAUCUGUCUAUAAAUCAUCCAGUAACAAUCAAAGAUGGAGACCCCUCACCUGGACACAGUUUACAACAGGUAAAGAGGUCAGACUCUCCAGAACCCAGCUGUAUGUCCAUGAGCAGUGAUAAGUUUAUAAAUCUUCCGGUAACGUUCAAAGAUGAAGACCCCUCAUCUGGACACAGUUUACAGCAGGCAAACAGAUCAGACUCUCCAGAACCCAGCAGUGUGUCCUUGAGGAGUGAUGUGUCUAUAAAUCGUUCCGUAACAUUCAAAGAUGGAGACCCCUCACCUGGACACAGUUCACAGCAAGUAAACAGAUCAAACUCUCCAGAACCCAGCGGUGUGUCCAUGAGGAGGGCUGCGUCUAUGAAUCAGCCAGUAACAUUAAAAGACAGAGAUGCGUCAUCUGGACUCAGACAAGGCCAUGCUUCAAUGCACAUCCCAGAGAGUUUCAAAUUAAAUCUGAAAGAGAAGUUUCAGUGUCUGAAUGAGGUGACAACAAACCAGGGAAACCCAACACUUCUCAGUGAGAUCUACACAGAGCUCUACAUCACAGAGGGAGACUGUGGAGAGGUCAAUAAUGAACAUGAGGUCAGACAGAUCGAGGCAGCAUCCAGGAGAACAACAAUAGAGGAAACACCAAUCAAAUGCAAUGACAUCUUUAAGCCUUUAUCUGAACAAGACAAACCCAUCAGAACUGUGCUGACAAAGGGAGUCGCUGGCAUUGGAAAAACAGUCUCUGUGCAGAAGUUCAUUCUGGACUGGGCUGAAGAUAAAGCAAAUCAGGAUGUCCAGUUCAUAUUUCCACUUCCUUUCAGAGAAAUGAAUUUCGUGAAAGAUAAAAAACUCAGUUUGGUGGAUCUUCUCCAUGGAUGGUUUAAGGACAUUAACGAAACAGAUAUUUCAAAAUCACACAAAGCUCUAUUCAUUUUUGAUGGUUUAGAUGAGUGUCGUUUAGAUCUAGAUUUUCAGAGCACUGUGAGUUUGUGUGAUGUGACUGAAUCAGCCUCAGUGGAUGUGCUGAUUACAAACCUGAUCAAGGGGAAUCUGCUUCCCUCUGCUCUCAUCUGGAUAACUGCCCGACCUGCAGCAGCUGAUCAAAUCCCCUCUGAGUGUGUGGAUCGAGUGGCAGAAGUACGAGGGUUCAGUAACCCACAGAAGGAGGAGUACUUCAGGAAGAUAAUCAGUGAUCAGAGUCUGGCCAAUAGAAUCAUCUCACAUGUAACAACAUCAAGAAGCCUCUACAUCAUGUGUCACAUACCUGUGUUCUGCUGGAUUUCAGCCACUGUUCUAGAGAGAAUGCUGGGUGAAGCAGAGAGUGGAGAGAUCCCCAAAACUCUGACUCAAAUGUACACACACUUCCUCAUCAUUCAGACAAAAAUCAUAAGAGAAAAAUACACAAAAAAACAGAAUACAGAUGAAGACAUGCUUCUCAAACUGGGGCAACUGGCUUUUCAGCAGCUGAUGAAAGAAAAUCUGAUCUUCUAUGAGGAAGAUCUGAGAGAGUGUGGCAUCGAUGUUGAAGAAGCAUCAGUGUACUCAGGUGUGUGUACACAGAUCUUCAGAGAGGAAUCUGGGCUGCUCCAGAGUAAAGUGUACUGCUUUGUCCAUCUUAGCAUUCAGGAACAUCUUGCAGCUCUAUAUGUGCACCUGACCUUCAUGAACCAGAAGAGAAACGUGCUUCAACAGAGUCAGUCCUCUAAACUGAUGAGCCUCUUGAGAAAAGAAAUUACAAUCUCAGAUGUACACAGGAGUGCUGUGGAUCAGGCCUUACAGAGUAAGAAUGGACAUCUGGAUCUUUUCCUUCGCUUUCUUGUGGGUCUCUCACUGGAGUCCAAUCAGACUCUCUUACAGAACUUAGUGACACAGGCAGGAAGUAGCUCCCACAGCAAAGAGGAAACAGCUCAGUACAUCAAGAAGAAGAUCAGAGAGAAUCCCUCUGCAGAGAAAUCCAUCAAUCUGUUCCACUGUCUGAAUGAACUGGGUGACAGUGCUCUAGUUGAAGAAGUUCAGCAGUACUUGCAGACUGGCAAAACAAAGAAAAGGAAACUCUCUCCCUCACAGUGGUCAGCUGUGGUUUUCAUACUGUUGUCAUCAGAAGAAGAUCUAGAUGGAUUUGUUUUAUGGAAAUAUGGCAGAUCAGACCAUGUUCUUCUGAAGCUGCUGCCUGUCGUUGCAGAAUCCAGAACAGCUAAUCUUUUACGUUGCCGACUGACAAAGAAAAGUUGUGCAGGUCUGGCUUCAUUGCUCAGCUCAGAAUCCUCUCAUCUGAGAAAGCUGUAUCUAUCUCAGAAUAAACUAAGAGAUUCAGGAGUGAAGCUGCUCUGUGCUGGACUGAAGAAUCCUCUCUGUAAACUGGAGUCAUUGAGGUUGAGGGGAUGUAAUGUUACAGUUACAGGCUGUGCUGCUCUGAUUUCAGCUCUGAAAUCAAACCCCUCACAGCUGAAAGAGCUGCAUCUGUCUAAGAACAAAAUAGGAGAUGCAGGAGUGAAGCUGAUCUCUGCUGUACUGGAGGAUCCUCUCUGUAAACUGGAGGCACUGUGGCUGUGGGAUUGUAAAGUCACAGAUGAAGGCUGUGCAGUUCUGGCUUUAGCUCUGAAAUCGAACCCAUCACACCUGAGAGAGCUGAAUCUGCGUGAGAAUCCCCAAAUAAAGUCAGGACGUGAGCUGCUGUUAGCUCUUAAGCAUGAUGAACAUUACAGACUAGACGAACUAAUAAUGUGAUGUUGACAAUGUGUGUUGUUGAUCACAAAAGAGAUGACAUCAUGAGAAGAUGGAAGUGAUUUCUGAAUGUGAGUGAGGUGCUGCAGCAGCAGAGGGAGACACAGGGGGCCCGAUAUAUAAACUUUUUGAGGCAGUUUCAGGUGCAGUUUGGAUACAUUUUGCCUGCAUGUUAUGUGUGAUACUGGAGCCUGAACGUAAACACAGUUUAUGGGCUGUGGGCAUGGAAAACCAUAGGAUGCACUUCCUUCUCUUCCUCUUGCGUAUGAUUUUGAGGGAGGGCCAUGCAAAACGGGGGAGGAUUGCACAGAAAAUGGGGAAGAUGUUGGAUAUGUGGCUGAUUAUAUAUUCCUCUCGAUUUACCAAAUUUUGAGCAGCUCACAGUGGCCAGUUUUGCAUGUAUUUAUCUCUAUGAGACUCGUACUCGACAUGUACUGAAUUCAUAUCUAUCAAUCCAAUAGCAUUAUUUAAACUGUCAGGAACAGGUGCUUUUUUCAUUAUUAACUCAUAUAUUUAAUGCAGCACUAAGACUCUUUCUUAUGUAAAUCUAUUUUUACUCUGACGUGUUGGACUACUAUAGACAAUAUGAAAAUGAAUAAAACAGCAAAUAGAAAAACACAGGAUUUGACAAGUGAAUGCAGUACCUAUGCAAAUCUAACCUUUAUUCAAUUUUACUGUGCCACACUGAACCUGACUGUUACAGACCGUUUAAUUAUUGACUUCAAAUCUAAAGGCCUACAUAGCCUAAUGAAGAACCUGACUAAGUAUAUUACAUUUUAAGUAUAGGCCAGUUGUAUCAUUUCAAAUGUCUUUAAAAAUGCCUAUUUGGUUUGUAGUAGCUUUAUGAACCCUGCAAUAUGUGUUCAUUGCUAGGGCUGCAGUUUCUUUGUCGCAAAAUUCAUGAAACAGCCUCCAGAUGUACCUGAGAGAGAAGACAGGCAGUGUGUGCACAGUCUUUGUUUCACAAAGUCUGUUUGUGUAGCCAGAGUGAAGUGACACCACUGUAGUAUGUUUUGGUGGGAAAUAACUUUAUUUCAAGACUCGUCAUGAUUGAACUUUCAGUUUCUGUUUGUUGAUGGCCCCGAUAUUUUGCCUCUAGAAGAACACACACUUGAUACACAGGAUAUUUCAUGUUCAGUGAUAAACGUCAUGUAGUAAGUUCACCGAAGUUUAUUUCUUUUUAAUGUUGAAAUAUUAAACAUAUAUGUUUUGAAUAUGUGCUGUUCUAACACUGCGGCCACUCCACCAUACUUCACUCUUUAAGUACACAUAUUUUGUUUAGGAGUGACAGACUACAAGAUCCUGUCUCGCGGGUUUUUAUACAUUUUAUACAGAAUUUAGUUCUACACUGCAAAAAAUUGUUUAUUGGCAAGUAGAAUCGUCUUAAAUCUAGUCAAUAUGUCUAAUUUUCCUCAUUUUAAGAUGGUUGUAGGCUUAUAAUUAAAUUAUUUAAUUUAUGUAUCAACAUUUUUUACUUGUUUUGAGUAAUUUUAUUAAGCAGAAUCAUCUCACUAUAUUGGCAGAUAAUUUUGCUUAUUUUAAGAAAUAUGCCUGAAACCUGCAAAAUCAUCUGCCAAUAAAGUGAGAUAAUUUUACUUAACAGAAUUACUUUAAACAAGCAAAAAAUAUCUAAAAAUAAGUUUCAGAAUAGGAUAAUAUUUGUACAACUGUCUCAAAAUAAGAAACAACACAUAUUUGGACUAGGUUUAGACUGAUUACUCUUUAGAUAUCAUUUUUUGCAGUGUAAUUUUUUUUUCAUUCUUUAUAACUACUAAAGUGUGUGCAAUUACAAGUUACUUUUUUAGUAUAACUAUAUACAUAAAAGUUUAAAAGUUUUUAAUUUUUGUUUUAUUUUGCUUUAAAAUUUGGGAUUGAUGGAAUUGAUUUCAUAUCCACUUUUGUUGAGAGUCUAAUUGGAGGUUCUUUAGCUUUUAUUGGAACAGUGUUGGGUGUGAUUUUCAGAUGUAAUUUCAAAUUUGUAUUUCUUAAACUUUCUUUUCGGAUUAAAAGUGAUGAAGACAGAUGUUUGGAGAACUGGAGAGGUUCUGACUGUUAUCAGUUCUGAGCUCAUACAGGGAGAACAUGAGCAUCAGUUUCACUCUUGUACUCCGAAGAUCUCUGCCGUUCCUCUCUGUGCUCUAAUUAAGCUCAUUUGAUUAGAAGUCUGUCACUGCUGCUGUGUCUCUUUAUUACACUGAAACAACUCUUUCUUUCUGAUUUGGUCGUGAAAUGAGGAAAUAAUUUUUUCUGCUGUAGUUUAGUGCUGGAACUUUGAAGCUAAUGUUGCUAACAAAUAAAGAAGUAACAUGAGAACUAGUUCAUUAAAAGUGUCUUAAUUAAUCUACUCAUUUACUGUUUGUGUUACUUCUGUUAAAGCGAUAAUUUCCAUUAUUAAUUAUACUGCAAACUCAUGACCUGCUCAAAGAAUUAAGUAUGUGGCAGUUCGCCUUCUCUGUUCUAUUCUAUCCUUCUUUGUUCUAUUAUUAAUUAAAUAUAGGGUUUACAUGAUUUGUACAUCAUUGUGCUUAUUUUUAUUUACAUUUUGGACAACUUUUGUUGUACUUGUUAGUUUUCAAGUUAAAUAUUACAUGAGUAAACACAAUUAUCAGUUAAUUAGCAGUGUAAUGACUAAUCAGUAAUUAAGCUAUGAACUAAUAUUAAAAUAAACUGUUAGUCAACAGUGCACUUAAUUACUCAUUACUGAAUACAUAAUCAGUUAUUCAGUAAUGACUAAUCCUUAAUGAACACAAUAUAUAAAUAAGAAAUCUUUUAAUAUUUUCAAAAUCUUAAAGGUUUACAAUAAAAUACUUUAAAUUUGUUGUAACACUUGUUGUACAAAUGUACACAAAUGUAUUAAACUCUCUGUAGAAAAUGCCAAGAAAGUGUAAAACUGCAUCAAGACAAAGUUGUGUGUGUGUGUGUGUGUGUGGUGGGGUACUUUAAAUAUUCUAAAGUAUAACAUUUUUAUUAUCAUUAUAAUAUAGGUUUCAAUUCAAUAAACACUUUUUUGAUCACUGUA